AUGAGCGCCAAAUGUGGUGUCACGUACUGCUCGUCCAAACGCAAGUACCGACCCCACGUCAAGGAAGUGAAGCGCGGUAAGAUGAAGGCCAAGUACGGGCCGUACGAGGACAGCCGCGACGAAGCCCUGCUCGCCGGCAGCGUUCUGUUUGGAGCCGCGAGAGAGGCCAAAUCGGGCCUCUUUCGUGCGUGGGUGUACCAACCGAAUGGCAACUAG